AUGAAAUCUGAUUGUUUCCCUACUUUUGUUUAUUUUCUUGCCUACAUUGAGAAUCAGUUUGCUACUUCCAUUAAGACUUUCCAAUCCGAUGGUGGGGAUGAAUAUGUUAGUAAAGAUUUUCAGACCUAUCUUGGUUCCAAAGGGAUUUUACACCAUAAGUCUUGUCCUUACACCCCUGAGCAAAAUGGAAGGACUGAAAGGAAACAUCGCCACUUAGUUGAAAUUGCUGUUACACUUCUCACUAUUGCCGCUCUUCCUUCCAAAUAUCUUUUUCAUGCAUUAUCCACAGCUAACUAUCUCAUUAAUAGGAUGCUAUGCAAGUCUUUAGGUAUGCAAUCUCCUUUCUCUAAGCUGUUCCACAAAGAACCCAAUAUUACUCUUUUGAAGAGUUCUUCCUUUUCACCAGAAAGUACCAAACCACUAGAAUUCACACCACUACGCCCUUCCCUUUCUCCUAGAUCUUAUCUACACUCUGCAAGCACUCCUAGACUUGAUGGUUUACCACAUGCUCCUUCUACUAACCAAUUAGCAAGUCCAGUAUCUAAUGCAAGGGAAGUAGUAUCUUCUGUUGAUGUUAUUGAUUCUUCUACUGAGUUUGUAUAG